GCGACAGCCGAAAAGGUCCCACUUGUUGCUGAGCAGGAGCGGCGAUCGUCAGCUGGCCACCGAGCUUUGAUCCAUACUCACUUCCCAUCCUGAAAUCUGUCCGCAGAUAAAACUAGAACCAUCUGUGCAGCCUGAACAGCUGCUUCAGUGCAGGAUCACUCUGCUGCCGCCUGGUUCACAGCUCUCAGGAAGUCUGGUUUGAUGUCUGCGUCAGUCCUCUAUCCAUGGCCGUGUGGACGCAUCAGUCUGGUCUGUGGACUCCUCCUCCUGGCCUCCUCGCCGCUCCUCGCUGCAGGCAGGCUGAGCAACUGCACUCACCCUCUGGUGCCCGAACACGGAGGCUUCCGCUGCGAUCCGUCUCCGUGUCGAGGGUUCCCUCAGAAGAGCUCCAUCCAUUUCUUCUGUGAGCCCGGGUACCACAUCAACAAGGUCCGCGUGUCCAGGUGUCGCCACGGCAGGUGGCAGCCUCCGAUACCUGCCUGCAUCCCCAUCAAAGACGGUCCCAACACGAACCCUGACGACAGGCCGAAUGAUUCGAUGCCCAGCAUGGCCACAACAGCGGUGGGCGUGUCCAUCUUCCUGCUCACCACCACCGCCUGCCUGGUGGUCAAGUCCCGCCUCUACCCCUGUCAAUCACACAGCAGCCGCCGCUCCUCAGACCAGCUGGACCUGAUGGUGGACGGACUUCCUGUCUCUCUCCCCUCCUACGAGGAGGCGGUGUACGGAAGCUGGGGGCAGCGCCUCCCCGCCUGCUCAGCACCUGGACCCACCCAGCUGCUAUUGGCUCAGGAGGCUCCCAGCUGUCACCAGCCGUCUGUCAACAACCAAUCGGACAGCAGUCACCACCCUCUCCUGUCCACCCAAAGCCCCGACAACCCCCCUCCCCCUUAUGAGGAGGUCCAAUCAUCACACCCCGGAAGCAGGAUGAGUGACGGGGAGGUGCGGCAGCUACAUGUUGCUCUUUCAAAUGACAAGGACACUUGAUCGACAGACUGUCAGGUUCACAUGUGACUAAAUUCCUAGCACACGGACUGCAGUCGUUUAGCAAUGAAAGCACGAUUUUGAUUGACAGCCAACUGCUGCAGUGUUCACUCUGCAGGCUGCUGAAGAAAACAAAAACAUGGACUGACAGCAGACUCCUGUGCUGCCUGCACUUUUCCUGGUUGGCUGCAGCUCACCAGCAUCGGGACACUUUGUCCUAUCACACGCUAUUUUAGACGACGCUGAUAAGCUCUGAUUGGCCAGUCGUCAGGUCACAAAGACCUGGCUGAAGAGGACUAUAGUAGAUUAAUGAAAUGUUGAUUGUAUAGCGUCUUGUAUGAAUGUGUGAAGAGGGAGAUUAUGUGCACACACAUCUCUGCUGUCAGAGGAAAACCUUGCCUACAGAAUGUCGUCUCUUCAGGAACAGAACUGCCUUGUUUUUAAAUGACAAUGUAAUCCUUCAGUUUAAAUCAAAAAAAUCCUCAAAAAACCAAAAACAAUCAACCAAACUUCCGAGGUUUUCACAGGAUAGCAGUGUGUGUGUGUGUGUGUGUGUGUGUGUGUGUGUGUGUGUGUGUGUGUGUGUGUGUUUUCAGUGUCUUUCUGGAGACGUCUUCUAUCCUUCCUGUCAGUGACGGGGCUGAUGAUCGAGGCUUCCUUUGUGAAGUCAGUGGCGUGCUGUUACAGAAACGUGUGUUUCCACGGCAACCGACUCUAUUCCAUUUCUAUUUGAGACUUGUGUGCAGCGUUUCUCUUGGAACCUAAUUGGACUGUCAUGCACGUAUUGUUGAUGCGAAGCCUGCGUGGUGCACUGACACUUGAGAAUGGGCGGGAAAAACAGCGUUAGAUGAUGUUCAUUCUAAAGAGUUAAUUUUGUGUAUAGCAGAUAUUUAGAGACCUGAACAGUCUUUGAAAGUGUUUCUUCUGUGUUCAUUCAGUGUGAAGUAAAACAAACACACAAACCUACAAAAAGCACAGAUUUGGGACCAAAUCCGCCAAAUGAAACUGAAACUUGUCAGUGAUCAAACGUGAUCUGAGAAACUCUGGUUGUCCCAGUGUCCUCACUUCACCUCGCUGGUUCCCUCUCUGCGACUCUGCAGAGCGACUGACGCCUUCACAGACCUUGAAUGUAUUUUAUGUUUCAUUUUGUGGCAAAAAAUUGUAACUAUUAUAUGGAUUGUAAUAUUUACAGAAUGAUUAUUUGUACAUUGUAUUAUUGCACAGAAUUAUAUGAUGAAUAAAUGUUGAGAUGCUUCUUUGUUUCA